AUGCGCAGCCCCUCGCGGGAACAAAGCCCAAUGGACUGGGUGGCACAGGUGCCCAAGGAUCUGGAGGUUUUGUUGAGAGCCUCGUUCUUCGGAAGCAUCAUCAUGCUGAGCCCCGCUGUGGUGGACGCGCCCCUGAAGCUGGUGCUGCAGGUGUCGGCUCCUCCACUCUGGACAAUCAAGCCCUUGGGCACCUCCGUCUCGGUCAUUGCCGUCCUGAACAUCUCCCUGGUGCCCGUCGACCACCCCGCCAUCCAGCUCUCCAGCAUGACCAUGGAUGCCAAGCUGAGUGCCAAGAUGUCUUUGCGAGGGAAAGCACUGCAGGUGCAGUUGGAUCUGCGAAGGUUCCGGAUCUACUCCAAGCAGUCGGCACUGGAGUCCCUGGCGCUGUUCCCAUUGCAGGCCCCCCUGAAGACACUGCUGCAGCUGAUGAUCAUGCCCAUCCUUAAUGAGAGGACAAAGAAGGGCGUCCCGAUCCCCCUGCCUGAGGGCAUGGACUUCACCAAGGAGGUAGUCACCAGCCACGUGGGAUUCAUCACGGUGGGGGCAGAUCUCCAUUUCUCCAAGGGACUUCGGGAGGUGAUUGAGAAAUACCAGCCUGCCCGGGCCAGCCGCCUGCCGAGCCAGGAACCAACAGCCCCAGCUGGCUCUGACCCUCCCCUGCCGAGUUCCUUCAACACUACGGAGCCCCAGGCCAGCCUUAGCUAGAAAGCAGGCACCUGGCUCAGCCUGCGCCAGGGCGAUGGUAGGAGCCAGCUCCUACAGCCCACCACUGGCCCCUGGCUGGAGCUGCUCUGGGAGGCAGGGCAGCAGUUGCACUGUGACACUAAUAAACCGGGUUAGACACUG